UCCCCCUCUCCCUAUAUCGGGCACCAUCAUGCUUCAUCGUUUCCGCCUCCGAUCCCUGUCUUUCGAUUCGGAUUCUAUCGCUAUAAUUCGAUCCCGACCACCACCUUCUGUCGACUGGCGCUCCUGAUCUUCUCGGGUCAAAGAUGGAACCCAUGGAUAUUGUUGGUAAGACGAAAGAGGAUGCUUCGCUCCCGAAAGCUACUAUGACUAAAAUAAUUAAGGAGAUGUUGCCUCCAGAUGUACGUGUUGCAAGAGAUACUCAAGAUCUUUUGAUUGAGUGUUGUGUAGAGUUCAUUAAUCUUAUUUCAUCAGAAUCAAAUGAAGUGUGUAGCAGAGAAGAUAAAAGAACAAUCGCACCAGAACAUGUUCUCAAGGCAUUAGAGGUUCUUGGUUUUGGGGAUUACAUAGAAGAAGUUUAUGCUGCCUAUGAACAACACAAACUCGAAACAGUGGAUACUGUUAGAGGUGGAAAGUGCACAAAUGGAGCAGAGAUGACUGAAGAAGAAGCAUUAGCUGAGCAGCAGAGGAUGUUUGCGGAGGCACGUGCCAGAAUGAACGGUGUUGCAACUGCACCCAAACCGCCUGAAGCCGAACCAAGUUUGAAUAGCUAACUUACUCUUAGAUCCCUUUUUAAACUAAAAAAAAAAAGAAAGAAAGUAGGCAAGCUUCCUUACAACCCCAUCCCUCCCUCCCUCCUCUUUUUAGCUUCUUCAUCUCUCUAUCAUGUACAAAGUCCCUUUUGGUUAGUUGACUGCUACCUGUUUGAAUGUUAGUGUAAUUUGUACUCCCAAUUUAUGUCUAUAUGCUUGCUGAUUAGUCUUAAGUC